AUGAGAGUCGCAGUAAUCGGCGGAGGCCCAUCAGGCCUGGUAACGUUAAAAUACCUCUUACAGGCUCAUCUGAGUCUAGGCUGUGAUCCGAUUGAGGCGAGACUAUUUGAGCUUGAUGACACUAUUGGUGGUGCGUUUGCCACAAGAGUCUACGAAGAUGCCGAGCUUGUGUCUUCGAAACAGUUGACAACAUUUUCUGACUUUCGGUGCCGCAAAGAGAAGGACUUCCUCAGUGCCACUGACUAUCUACAAUAUCUCAAGGAUUACUGUUCUCACUUCGAUCUUUGGCCUCAUAUCAACCUUGGAGUGGAGGUCCUACGUGUAACAUCACCUUCUUCAAGCGUCUAUACGCUAUUCUGUGCAGGGAAAGAUGACAAACUCUUUACAUGGGAUUGUGAUGCUGUCGCAGUGUGCUCUGGACUGCAUAGGGAGCCAAAUCUCCCUCUCAUCCCAGGUCUUCACCAUGUUCCUGAAGUCAUCCAUUCCUCUAACUUCAAAACGAAGAGCCAGUUUGGGACUAACAAGACCGUCAUGAUCAUCGGAUCUGGUGAAACUGGGGCUGAUAUGGCUUAUCUCGCUGUCAACUCCCCAACCAAGCAGGUUCUCAUGUGUCAUAAGGAUGGCUUUCACUUUGCACCCAAGCGAAAUCCCGGUCCGGUUCUGUUCCCCAUAUUCGGUAGGAAACCUGAUCCCGAUGAACCAGGUAUUCCCAUUGACGUAAGCCGAGCAAAUCUAUUCGACACAACGUAUGUCCAUCCCGUGCUCCGCAAUAGCAUGAUACUAUGGGACUAUUACAAUUAUUACAUCAAGUCACUGCUAUGGAUUUGCUCCGGUACAACGUUUGGUAUGGACCAGUGGAUUGGGGAGAUCAGCAAGACCCGUCAUCAUCCCUCGAAGAUCUUCUUCAACAAGUCGAUGAAAGUGUGUCCUUACCUGAGUCUGCCAUAUCGUCCCAAACAACCAGGUCCCAAGCUAUGGCUCUACGCUCUGCGAUCAGCAAUCGUGCAGACACCAAUCCCUGACACAAAUGGAAGACAGGUGGAUCUUGCACCGCUACCCAGAAGUAUCAAUGAAGACGGGAUAGUUGAGUUUUUUGACAAUGGAAAACCCGAGUAUGAGCGGCUCAAGUGUCAAGUCAUUCAACCUGAUAUGAUUGUUCUUUGUACCGGAUACAAACAAACAUUUCCUUUUCUUCGAGAGCUACUAGGCGAACAUAAACACCCUUCUUCAUUUUUACGUGGGAUCUGGGAGGAAAGUCGACCUGAAAUUGGUUUUAUAGGUUUCAUGAGACCAUCCCUGGGCGCCAUCCCGCCCUUGGCAGAGAUGCAGGCGCAGCUGUGGGUGCUGAAUCUUGUGUCACCUCACAGAGUUGGUCAGCUAAGGGCAGAAGAUGAGAAACAUUAUAGGCUGCACACAAAGUCAACUGACCGUGUUACGUAUGGGGUCGAUCAUGAGAGCUAUGCCUAUCAGCUGGCCUUGGACAUGAACUCUGCACCUGGAUUUACAGAUAUUCUACAGAGAGCUUCGAUCACCAACCUUAGCACAACAUUCCGCCUUGUGGUUAUCUGGGUAUUCGGCGCCCAUUUCAAUACCAAGUUCCGCCUCAUUGGACCGUGGGCGUGGGAAGGAGCAGAAGAACUGUUGGUAUCGAACGAGUUUUGGCAGACCAUAACAAGACGGCCGACAUUAUUUGGGCAUGUUCUUGUCUCGUUGGUACCAAUGGCAAUUUUUGGUCCUCUUAGCAUGCUUUACUACAUGUUCUAUUCUGUGCUUGGACUCCUCAAUUAA